UAUUUAUCAAUUUAGCCAAUCACAAUCGCUCAAUUCAUCUAAAGUUUCAGCGAAAAAAAGUUGCCCUUUUGGUUUUGAUGAAGUCUCUUUUUUUUUUUUCAUUUUUUCUUUCUUCAAAAUGUUGGAACUUUUGCGCAAGUGAAAAUUUUUUUUUUCUUAGUGGGAGUGCAGCAAUAUUUUUAAUUUCCAUUUAAAUAGAGAAACAUUUCUAAAUUCGAUUCGAGAGAUUUUCGAUUUCAAUUCGAUCUCGUCGAUAUUUAUGCCCAAAAUCUCUGCCUUUUCGAUAUUCGCACAUGUAAUAAAAACAUUUACUAUAUUUGGGGAAUUGGGAACAAUCAAUAAAGAGUCAAAGAGAAGGGAGAACAUUGAAGAAAAAAAAAAAAAAUAAAAAAUUUCUCAAAGAAGAAAGGAAAAGCUAGAAAAUUUGUGUCGUACAUUUUUUUUUCUUCUCAAUCUACUGCCUCCGCUCCAGAGGCAGCCCAUAUGUUGCUGUUUUGGAUAAAUCUGUGUGGUUUUUUGAAUGCCGUCGCUGUCGCAGUGUCCAGUGGAUGCAAAUGCAAAUAGCAAUGUAAUCAAGCAAUCAAAAACAUUGAUCAUUUGAAAUCACAUUGAAAAACAGAAUUUACUGCUUCUGCGGUGGAUUAUUAUGGUGAAGGAUUACACACACACCAAUUGGAAAUAACAUUACACUUUACUAUACCCAAAACUCAAAAACUCAACUCAGACUGAGAGUGAUAAAGAAAAUUUUUGUAUACAGUGUAUCUAUUCAUAAAUGGUUUCUACUUUCAUUGGCCUCCUUGAUAUUCAAUCAUGGUGGGAGAUACCGUGCAUAUCUCAUUUUUGUUCGUUGUUUAGUUCCGCAUUUGAUUUACCAGAUAUUGACAUAGAAGAUUUAGAAUCAGCUCUUUUAUGCGAUGGCACCGACUAUCAAGUCGGCUUAGUACCUGAGCUCAUUGUACGUCUCUUAAAAGGUUGCGAUGCUCUCAAGUGUGUUGCAAAUGACAUCACUACCAGCAAUUAUCAGAUGUUCUUAAGGCGUUACCUACGCCAACAGUGUCGCACUCACAACAUAGAAAAUCAUUUUGAUACGGAUAUCGAUUUUCAAUCAUUAGCCGUUCGCAAACGUUUACUCAUCUUACACGCACUCUGUCAUUUUCGUUUAGAAUCACGAGAUGUGGAAGUGAUACUCAGUAAUCUAGAAGCUGAUAGUCUUCGGGUGGAGCCGUUAGGAUAUGAUUCCAAAAAUUCCGGCUAUUGGUAUUUCUAUGGUACGCGACUCUACCGCGAAGACACAAAACAAAAUAAUAAAACAAAAAUCUGGCAAGUGAUUUGUUUCACAGAAGAAGAUUGGCAAAACUUAGCUGGUAAAUUUAAGUCGGCUACAAAUGCCAAAGAAAAGGCUUUGUAUAAUAUAUUGAAUGAAAAUUUCCUACCGAAAUUGCCACAGCUGUUUCGUGAACGGGAAAAAUUACGUAGAAAAAAAUUACUUCAAACUCGGAACUCAAGCCGAAUCCGAAAUUUAGUUGAAGUUAAGGCGCGUCAGGAACAAGAGCGAGUUAAAGCAGAACGCCUUGAGCGAGCUCGUCUAGAACAGCGCAUACUCCUUGAGCCACCACGAAUAGCAUCAUCAAAAAGCCGAAGAAGACGCUCCCAGUCUACUUCAACUGCUAGUGGUAUAUCAACAUAUGCAAGUUCAGUAAGACCUACAACUAAUUCCAGUGAUUUUUUAUAUCAGAGAGAGACAUUUUGCUUAACACCAGACGACAUAGGCGCUGAAUCUACAUCGACCAACAAUACAAAUACAGUAAAUCAAGUCGAUCAAAUUGAUCAGAUCGAUCAAAUAUCCCAGGAAAAUCCAGACGAAGAAAUUGUAACAUUUGAAGACAACCAAUACCAAGACUCGAAUAAUACUACUACAACACCAAACAAACAACGCAAAACAAACAAAAAACCGAAUUUAUUACCAAAAAAGACUCGAAAAACUAGAGAGAGUGGUGAUUGUUCUUCUUCGACAACUGAAGACAAGGAGAACUAUCGCUACAUAUCCGAUUCAGAAUCAGCUGAAUCAGAUAAUAAUAUGGCACCAACUACAAACAUUAAAUUGCCAGGCAGGCAGACAAAUAAUUCUUUAUCGUCCUUACCGGGAAAUAUAUUUAUUCCGCCUUUGAGUGAAGGCAAGGAACAAGAACCGCCACCAGCAAGAAGGGCAAGUAAUUCUGGAAGUAAGACAAGUGGAAAGAAACAGAAGAAUCCACCAACAACAGUCUCGGCUGCGUCGACUUCGUCGGCUUCAACAGUACGGGCUGGUACAUCAGCUGUUAAUACUGAACAGCAGCAAACAGUAAAGAAUAAAAAGAAAAACUCAUCUAAGUCCUCAUCAGAAGAUGUAACGUCGUCAUCCAACAGCGGUACGAAUAAAUAUUUCUAUAGCACAACCAAUAUUAGUCAAACAAAUCCAAGCAUUCUGAUAAACAACAAAAACUUCAACAAAAAUCCUCCGAAUUUUCUUAGUUUCACGGAAACCGACGAGGUCCUUCAAAUCGGCAUGCAUAAGGUACUAGUUUAUGUGAAGAAUCACCGAGACGCUUGGCCAUUUAUGGAUCCCGUCGAGGAGGAUAUCGCACCCAGAUAUUAUACAAUUAUCAGAAGGCCAAUGGACCUUUUAAAAAUGGAAGAUAAACUCGAUAAUGGAGAAUAUAACAAAUUUAGCGAAUUCAGAAAUGAUUUCAAACUUAUAGUAAAUAAUUGUAGACUUUACAAUGGACAAAAUAACGAAUACACAGAAAUGGUUAAUAACCUACAAGAGGCUUUUGAUAAGGCGACUAAAAAAUACUUUGACCACAUGUCGGAUGAUGAUGAUGACUCUGCUAAUCUUAACUAUCCAGAUUCAAAAAUGAAUGUCUUCCGGGAGAAGUAUUUCAACAAAGAAAACUCCGAAGGCGACGAAGAAAACAACGUUGCUGUUGUGCUCAGCAGCAAGAAAGCUCAUACAAAGUUAGAAAAGCAUAAUUCUAAAUCUAAAUCUGAUAAAAACGAAGAAACAGAAGACGAUGAAAAAAUUGAAAGUGAAGUAAUGCCAGAGUCUGCAAGUCGAUCGAAUAAAAGAAAGCGAAAAGAUAAAGACAAAGACAAACGAAGAAAGAAGAAGUCAAAGAGUAAAACUGUUGAAGUAGAAAUUCCCGAGGAGGAUAAUUGUAGUUCGCCGGAAGAAGAGAUAAAAUCUCGAAAGAAAAAAGAUGACCCAGGUACUUCGGGCGGAAGAAAAACAAAGAAAAAACUUAGCACUAAGCAGAAUGGAGAGAGUAAGAAGAAACAAAAGAGCAAUGCAGUUGCGUUAACUUCGAAAAGAGCCAACAAAAAUGGUGAAACUGACGAUGAAUCGGAAUCUGAUGAAGAAAAACCCAGUGAAAUAAGCAAACCACCUGCAAAGGUACAAGAAAAAAGUUCUACCGUCAGCCAGAAAUCUAAAAAGGCAACCGCAGAAGUUUCGAAGAAACGAAAAAGUCGUGCGAAACGCACUACAUCUUCUUCGAAUGCAACUGGUCGAUCUAAAGCUCUUUCUGCCAGAAAUAAAAGUCAAUCGAGUCGGGGAGAGUUUUUGGAAGCUGCCAAAGAUGAAGACGACUUUAAUGAAGAGGAUGACGAUGAGGAAAAAGAGGAAUCAAGAUCUCGCAGUGUGUCUCCUUUCAAGGUCGACUUGCAUAAGAAAUAUGCCAAAAGUGCACUUAUUGAUGAUUCCAAGGAGGAAUAUGACGAAGAUGACUUUAGGUCGGUUUCCACACGAAGUAGUUCGCGAGAAUCGUCAGUCGAACGUCGUCUACCAACACCGCCAGUAGUGGAAGUUGUUCCAAAGCCAUCUACUUCAAAGCAACAGACUAAGAGUAAACCAGAGUACCGAAAAGAGAACUCCACAGGAAGUUCCUCUGACCAAUCGGUGGCAAAGAGCGAUAAAGUAUCACCUACAACUACAUUUGAUGUACCGUUAUUUUUAGACAAAUACGAUUUGAUUAAACAACGGCGCAGUCGGACAGCUAAUAAUAAUGAGGAAAAAGUUAGCACAGCAACUGCGGCUAAGAAAGAGCCAAAAAAGAUGACUUCAUCGGCUGCAAGUUCUUCAACGUCAACAUUAUCGACAGGUCGUUCGAGAGUUCAAAGAGAAUCUACAGAUAAACCCAAAGCUAAAGUCAAAGAGAUCGUCGAAGAGAAACAACCGGCAGCAAAAGAGCCAAAAGUAGAAGAAUUAGAGAAGAAGGUUACCCCAGAGAAAUCAUCGAAAGUUGACGAUGAACCGUUUGCAUUCAAAGAAAGCGAACCACCAAAGACAAGUACGAGCAAAGCACCAAAGAAAUCAACCAACACAACAGCGGCGAAAAAGCCUUCAAAGGAUUCUGAAAAGCCACCAGCAAAGAAGCCGCCUGCAAGAAAAGCUGCUACUUCUGCUGCUGCUGCCACUUCUAACCCUUUGCCGGUUUCACCCCCAAUCGAAAGUCCAUUAAAAUCAAAAUCGACACCUGCUCCAGCUGCAGCUCCUGCAAAAGCAACCAACAUGGAAGCACUUGAGUUAGAAACUGAACAAACGCUAAAAGAUAUUAAUCGCUGGCUAGAGCAUACACCAAGAUUCCCUGAAUUUAGUUCGGCCAGUAACUCACCAUCGCGUUACAAUGCUCUUUUAGAUGAUUUUGAUUCUGUAUCAACUAAACUUGAUGCAGCUGACUUUCGACGUCCCGUGCCUAUUGCAACUCCCAAAAUUGACCUAGUUCCCAAGCUCGCCGAGUCCUUGGAUGAUCUAGUGUCCGAAGCAGAAGUGCCCAGUUGUAAAAAGGACAUCAUAGCCGAACUGAUACCAACAAUAGGUCCAAGCAGUGCAAGUUCGAGUUGUGGAACUCCACCCCAUUCAAGCAAUUCCAAUAACUCGGGUGGAAGUACAAGUGUUAACGCCUCAUCAACUUCAUCAACCGCAAUGAUUCCCCCGGUUAUACCACCAAAGCCCAAAGAACCAUCCACAAUUCAAUUGUUAGCGAACCCACCUCCACCGCCACACAUUAAAAAUCAAAUGCAAAAAGAAGCCAAGCGAAAGUCGCUUAAAGAAAAACUUGCUGCUGGUGCGAAUCCUCGCCGAAAAGACUUGGUCGGCACAAUUGAUCGUUUAAAGCCAGGCAAAGCCAAGGGAAAUCUUAUACAAAAUGUUGCCAAACCGGACGAACUCUUUCCACCAGGAGUGCAGCAGAAAGUCAAAGAGAUUAAAAAUGCCCUCGUCGUUAAGACCGACGACAGUGUACCCAAGCUAAGCUUAGGCAGUGUUUUGGAUAAUGAUGGCUUUGGUCUUGGACACUCGCAUAGUUUCACAGAUCGAGACAAAACUGAAACUCUUUCGGAGAAUAAAGAUGACCCAACAAAGUCUAAAACAAGUGAUACAUCGCCUGAAAAUGAGACUGAAAAGUCCUCCACAAGUUUGGCUGAAACUCCAUUCGAGGUGAAGAAAGUGAGUAACCCUGAACCCAAAGCAGAUGCAUCGGCUACACCGAAUCUUAGUGCUUGGCUGAAGGCAUUCGGAGUCCCGAAAAAAGCCAAAAAAGUCGAGGAGGAGGAAAACAAACAACAGAUAUUAAAACCAAGCGAGAUCACUGCGAGUGAUAAACCAUCUGAAGCGACAAGUACUUCCCUAAAUGUCAUGAAAUCACCCUCAGAUAAUAAUAAUUUUUCGCAACCACCACCACGGACGCGAAAAGCUAGCACUGGAAGUACAAUAUCAGAGCGAUCGUCUUUCAGUCAAGAUCCUGACAGUCCACGCAUUGCAAUCGAUGAGCGUUUUGGUUCAUAUUCGGGGAAUUAUACCUCACCCAUUGGAGCGUCUCCAAUUGGUGCCUCACCAAUUAUGGUUUCUCCAAAGCCAGAAGAUGUGGGCAAACCAAAUUCCCCAUAUCCACUCAAUGGCACUAUUAAAGUCGGUUUCUAUCAGGAUACUACGACAAAAAGCUCUCCGGAUAAGAGCUGCAGUCCGCGGGAACUGCCAUCGCCUUAUCCGCAAUAUUCGCAGCAUAUUUACUCAUCGGCAUCAUCACCCAAUGUGUCCACCACAGAAAUGAGUGGUAAUUCACCAUACGGUGGCAAUAGCUAUGCACCAUCUGCGGGCUCAGAAGCAAGCAAGACUCCUGUCUACUCGUCCUCGUCACCGAUUCCUAAUCUCUACGAGCAAUACAAACAGCCACAGUCUCAAGAAUCCGAUUACAACUCUUCAAUGUCGCCAAGCACACCAAAUCCACAUUCCCCCUAUCAAGCGGGAGCGAACUCCCCCUAUCAGCAUCCAGCACAGUCGCCAUACCAAAAUCCCAAUUCACCAUAUCAACAACCAGCGGCUCCUGCAGUGCAACCCCAACAACAACAACAAACGUCUGUUUCGCAGAAUAUAGCUUUUCAACCCACCACCAUUGAUUCACCAGUUGUUGUGGCUCAAAAUACUGUUGUUCCAAGUCAAGCAGUUGAUAGCACAGCUGUCCCAGAAUUGCCUCAGCAAAACUCACCAUACCAGCAGCCUGCUAACUCUCCAUACCAACAGCAGCAAACUUCUCCAUACACUCCAAGCAGUGUUGGCUCUGCAUAUCAGCCUCCAAAUGUUUUCCAAGAAUCGGCUAACAAUUCCACACAGCAGCCACCAAAGAUACCUAAACUAGGUAAUGUGGCAAGUGCACCACAACCUGCACAACAGUCCGUCGUUGUACCGCAAAAUGAUAUUCCAACUUACGAUACAACGCAGCAAUAUCUUGGCUAUCAGCAGCCACAACAAUCAUGUCAACAACAGCAACAACAACAGCAACAGCCCCAACAAGAUGCGCAAUUGCGUUCCUUGUAUAAUCUGAAUAAAACAUCAGAUUGGACCAAUAUGUCACAAGUAAACGAGCAAUUUCAUCCACCAACUUAUGCUCAGUAUACACUGGCUGCAAUGAGCAAAGACCUGUCCGCACCAAAACCUCAAGAUCAAUAUCUUCAGGAUCAGCAGAAUAAUAGCAACACAAAUCCGCUAAAGCGACAUUUAGAAACCGAAAAUGAUGUAAUGAAUCCAGACUAUAAUACCAAAGUUGCGAAGAGGACUGAUCCUCAACAACAACAGCUUCAACAACAGCAGCAGCAAGUGCAACAACAACAUCAACAGCAGCAGGUACAACAACAAGUACAGCAGCAGCAAGUACAACAACAAGUACAGCCUCAUCAGCAAGUACAACAGCAACAAGUCCAACAACAGCAACAAGUUCAACAGCAACAAGUCCAACAACAACAAGUGCAGCAACAACAAGUGCAACAACAGCAAGUGCAGCAACAACAAGUGCAACAACAACAAGUGCAACAACAACAACAGCAAGUACAGCAACAGCAGGUCCAACAAAACCAACAACAACAGCAACAGCGACAACAACAGCAGGUUCAACAACAGCAACCACAGCAACAGCCAACUAAGCAACAACAGAUGUAUGAUAGCUUCCUCGGUUCCAUUGGCUACGGCAAGCACUUGGACAUACCCCCAAACAAGGCGUUCGAUAUCUACAAUCGAGCAGCCAAUAUGGGAUUCUCCAAGGAUUACUCAAAUCCGACUGCGGUCAAAGACCAAUCCCUUCAACAACAACAACAGUCUCAACAGCAACCUGUUGUUGAUACCAACAUAAUGAGCAAACCCUUGAACAUGGUAAACUCGAACACCUACAACACCCAACAACAACUUCAACAACAGCAACAACAACAGGUUCAACAACAACAGCAGCAACAACAGCAACAACAAAACAUCUACACCAAACCACAAAACACGUAUCCCACAAAUCUCUCACAAGCGUCCCCGGCUGUUGCAAUUGACAAACCAAAUGACUCGCUAAUAAGUCACUUAAAUAGCUACAAGCCACAGACUUAUGGCAGUCCCACGUCAUCACUGCUCAAUAUAAAUCAUCAUCCACUCUCCUCGGUAAUGGACGAAACCAUUAUGGGCUUGAAUCAAAACACUCCCAGCAAUGGAAUGGCUGGAGUAGGAGGCUAUUAUGACAAAAGUAUGCCACCGGUGGCGCAUAUGAAUAUAACAUCACAGAUGUACCAAAAUCUUACUCCCUAUGGGAGCCAUGCGACUGCUAUAUCAAGAGAACAACAACAACCACAAAGUAACUACGUUCCGUCGGUGAGUAAUGUCAACAAUGCGACUGUGCCAACUUCAGCACAAUCCCUAGAGGUAAUCGCACUGGAAUCGAAGCCAGCUAAAAAGACGAGAGGCAGAAAGAAGGCAGUUCCACCGGUAGCUGCAGCGGCUGCGACUGUCAAUGAAAUCGCUGCAAAAACCAACCUAAAUACUGCACAGCCACAGGCAAGUAGUAAUGUGGCAAACAGUCAGGUUUCCAAUGCAAACGCCCAACAACAAAUGAAUUUACAUCAUUCGCAAAUGCAAAACAUCCAAGGUUUCCAGCUGUACGCGGGACUCAAGACCGGAGUCAGUAGCCCUUCGAAUAUGCCUUCGUCUACGGCCGCAUCUGAUGCGGGUGCCAUAUCCCUCAAGACAACUGCUGCAGCAGCUGCUAGCAUGGUUCCUGGCAGUGCUUUCAAUUUUGGACCAUCGCCCGCUGGACUGGGAUUGUCAGCUGCAGGGAUUUACGGCGACAACUCUGGGUAUUUGGAUCAGUUUCGUGAUGCUUCCAACCCCUACUACAUGCCAACUCCCACACAUCGUACAGGAACAACCGAUACCAAUGCGGUGGACAAGACCAACAAUGCAGCUGCAGCAACUUACCCAUUUUUGGCGCAUCCAUCAUCAAGAACGCCCACAUUCAAUCCGUUUGUGAACGCUCCUCAACUGGACGCUAAUUCGCCGUUCUAUCAGCAGUACAUGCAACGUCAGGAUGAUUUCCGAGCUCGGAUGAUGAUCAAUCAGGGAUUGCUUGCUCCAGGAGGUCCAGCUGGCUAUCCUCAGCCAGGUGGUUAUCGUGCAUCAUCUCUGGGUAUCCCCAAACCGUACGAUAUUAACCGACAACCGUGGUUCUAGCAGCAGGAGGAGCAUGAGCAGCAACUAUAAAGCUCUCUAGACAACCAACAUUGAAUCUGAAAGAAUCAAAACCAACACAUACACAUUAUUAAAACCAAAGAGCGGUGGAAUGAGGUUUCAACUUGAAUUUCCCCAAAAGCAAACCAUUUUUUAAAGUAAAAAAAAAAAGCGUUAAAAGCAGGCCUUCCUGGGCAAGUAUAAAAAAAAAUUAAAUUAGUGCCUAACCAGACGUCGGCGUCGUCUACUUCAACAAAACUGAAGAGAUUUUAACUACAGACACUUACCCAAAUGUACCACAUGAUGAGGACAAGAAGGACGAGCAAAGUGGUAUAAAAUUUUCUUAAAAUUAAAAAAAAAAAAAAUUAAAUUAUGUGUGACAUAAUUUUUUGUUAGAUCUUUGAGAUUUGAUUUCUAUUUUUUACUUUAAUUAUUUUUUAUCAUUACGUAGUUGUAUUUUGUUGAACGUUAAAUCAUUAAAAACUAAAUAUUAUAUAUAUAAAAAAUAAAAAAAAAAAAAAAACAAAAAUAUAUGUAUAACAUUCCUUGAUGUAAAUAUUAAGAAUUAAUGAUAACUCUCCAAAAUUGAUUGAGAGAGACUCUUUGUAAAUAGCUUCAUAAAUUUCGUUUUUCAUUUUUUUAAUCACCCAACAUUUUUUAAGCGUAAACAAGUUUUGAUAUAAGAUUGCAAUAUACAUUAUAUACAUAUAUUUUUAUUUCUUAAAUUUAGUAUUUUAUACAAAAAAAAAAUAAAUAAAGUAAAUAAAUAAUUAAUACACAAGGUUAAAUAAUAAUCUAUUAAAAAAAAU